CCGUCAUCGUCGCGGCCCCGGGCGCCAUGGAGGCCGCCGGCGUCGGCGACAUUGGCGACACUGGGGUGGGCGCCGCCUCCGGGGCGGCUUCGGCCACGGUCCGCGAGCUCCUGCAGGACGAAUGUUAUGCUGAUUUUUUAAGCCAAGACUUUGACGUGAAGGCUUACACCUCUCAAUCUAUUCACCAAGCUGUGAUAGCUGAGCAGUUGGCAAAACUUGCUCAAGGCAUCAGUCAACUGGAUAAAGAACUUCACUUACAGGUCGUUACGAGGCACGAGGACUUAUUGGCACAGGCCACUGGAAUUGAGUCUCUGGAAGGUGUUCUUCAGAUGAUGCAGACAAGAAUCGGGGCUCUUCAGGGCGCCGUGGACAGGAUCAGAGUCAAAAUUGUUGACCCGUACAACAAAAUAGUAGGACGCACAGCCCAGUUGGCGAGACUGCAGGUAGCCUGCGACUUGCUCCGGAGGAUAAUCCGCAUCCUGUACCUUAGUAAGAGGCUCCAAGGUCAGCUGCAGGGCGGAAGUCGAGAAAUAACGAAGGCAGCGCAGAGCCUCAAUGAACUCGAUUACCUCUCUCAAGGAAUCGAUCUCUCCGGAAUAGAAGUGAUCGAGAGCGACCUGCUCUUCGUCGCGAGAGCGCGGCUUGAGGUCGAGAACCAGGCUAAACGAUUGCUGGAACAAGGAGUUGAGACUCAGAACCCAACUCAAGUGGGAACAGCUCUUCAGGCCUUCUAUAACCUCGGAACUCUGAAGGAUACGGUGACCACCGUCGUCGAUGGGUAUUGUGCCGUUCUAGAGGAAAACAUCAACGGUGCUUUAGAUAUCAAGAUCUUGACCCAGCCUUCCCAGAGAGGCGGUUCCGGGCCCGGCCGGGCCACCAUGCCUACCCCAGGAAACACGGCAGCUUUCCGUGCCACCCUCUGGACCAACAUGGAGAAGUUGAUGGAUCAGAUCUGUGCGGCCUGUGGGCAGGUUCAACAUCUGCAAAAAGUCUUAGCCAAGAAGAGGGAUCCCGUCUCGCACAUUUGCUUCAUUGAAGAAAUAGUUAAGGACGGCCAGCCUGAAAUAUUAUUUACAUUUUGGAAUUUUGUAACUCACAGUCUUUCUUCUGAAUUCCAAGCUGCUGCGAAUUCUUCUAUGUUCUUGAAGCAAGCAUUCGAAGGAGAAUAUCCGAAAUUACUGCGUCUUUAUAACGAUUUGUGGAAGCGUCUUCAGCAGUACAGUCUAAAUAUCCAAGGCAGUUUUAAUCCAAGCGGAACCACCGAUCUCUAUGCCGAAGUGCAACAGAUGGAAGAUGACGCCCAGGACAUAUUCUUGCAGAAAAAGCAGGAUUACGACCCAGAGAAGGCUCUGAAAGAUUCACUGCAACCGUACGAAGCCGCUUAUCUGUCCAAGUCGCUGUCCCGACUCUUCGAUCCCAUCAACCUGGUCUUCCCUCCCGGCGGCCGAAACCCCCCUUCCGCGGACGAACUGGACGGCAUCAUUAAGACCAUCGCCAGUGAACUUAAUGUGGCUACGGUUGAUUCAAACCUCACUUUGGCCGUGGCAAGGAAUGUGGCGAAGACCAUCCAGCUCUACGGAGUGAAAUCGGAGCAACUUCUGUCCACGCAGGGAGAUGCCAGCCAGGUGAUCGGCCCCCUGACGGAAGGCCAGCGGCGGAACGUGGCCGUGGUCAACUCGCUGUUCAGGUGGCACCAGGCCAUCGUGAAGGUUAUUUCCAGUCAGAGUUCAUUCCCUCCGGCAGCUGAGCGGACCAUCGCCUCGGCCCUCCAGACGAUCCGGGCUCUGAUGGGGAGUGCCGUGCAGCCCCUGCUGACUUCUGUGGGAGACUCGAUCGAAGCUGUCAUCAUCACCAUGCACCAGGAAGACUUCUCCGGCUCGGUGUCCGGCCCGGGGAAGUCGGCGACCCCCUGCUCGCUCUACAUGAAGGAACUCCAGGGCUUCGUAGCGAGAGUCACGGGCGACUACUUCCGACACUUCGAGUGCCAGGACUUCGUAUUCGACCAAACGGAAGCCAUCGCCCAGAGAGCCGUCGAGCUCUUCGUGCGCAACGCCAGCCUCCUGCGCCCCCUCGGCGAAGGAGGCAAGAUGCGACUGGCCGCUGACUUCGCCCAGAUGGAGCUGGCCGUGGCCCCCCUGUGCAGGCGGGUGUCCGACCUGGGGAAGUCCUACCGGCUGCUGAGAUCGUUCCGGCCCCUGCUCUUCCAGACCAGCGAACACGUGGCCGCCAGCCCGGCCCUGGGCGAGGUCAUCCCGUUCAGCACCGUGCUGCAGCUGCUCUUCACCCGGGCGCCCCCGGAGCUCAAGUCGCCAUUCCAGGGGAGCCCUGGAAGCCUACGUUCAGUCGGUGAGAACCAGAGAAGGCAAAGAGUUUGCACCUGUCUAUCCGAUAAUGAUCCAGCUGCUGCAGAGAGCCAUGUCCACUCUUCAGUAGGAGGAGGAGGAUCCAGACGGUCUGCCGGCUUUCCCAUCCAUCCCUCUAGUUUCUGCUCGCGAUCGGUAGUUUCGGGCCUGCCGGGUUCAGCCCCCUCGGACUGCGCUAGCUCCUGAGGGUCGAAAGCGAAAAGGCACACCGUCCUAGGCCUGGGGUUGCCAGCAUCCCUUUCCUUGGCCUCGCAGCCACGGUCAGCACCGACCGGGCCCCCGGCCCCGGCCCGGCAGCGGGAGAUCACACCAGUCCGAGACGGGGAGGAGACGGCAUCUCUCCACUCAGCUUCCUCCUGCAAAAAUCAAAAACGCUUCUUCCCCCUGCCGCUCCCCGAGGACAGGGCCACGGUUACGACACCCUCUGGGAACCACUUUUCCUCCUUCCGAACGGUUCGCGCCCAGGGCUUCCAAGGAUCCCGAACGAAUCAGUCUGUUGGGGAUUGGAACGGAGUCGCGCACCGCAAGAGGUUAAACAGUCACAUUUUUGCAUCUGACCUUUCUACCGUUAACUCUCUCUCUCUCAGAAAAUAGCGGGCGUUUCUCCCUCUCGGCUUUAAAAUGAUUUAAUACGGACGGGGGCUUGAAAAUUCGGCAGCAGCGGCAGCUUCCUGAUUCUGAAACCAUUAAAAUGUUUUAAAAGAU